AUGGUAAAUGUGACAACGGAUUACAGACACUACACACUUUUGAGACAUUCAGAGGCUAUAUUAUUAUCUAUCCUGGUGAAUACGGUUGACGAUCCUUUAGACGCCAUUCACAAAAUGUUGCCAGGCAGUGCGCUGAUCAAACUGAUGAGCUUGAGUGCUAACACCAAACCCAACCAAACAAAUGGAAGGCCGUCUACGUUGUACUGUAUGCAAGAACCGUCUUGUGAAGAACCUGCUCGUGUGAGCAUCACGCCUGCAGAAGUCGGAAGCUGGACUGUCGGAGGAUCCGAAGAGUGA